AUGGCAAGGGAUAAAUUCAAAGCACAACCAGACUCCUCCUUUCGUUUACAACUCCUAAGUACCAGGACAACAGAUGGUCGUCAAUACAAUAUCCCAACAGUUUAUGAAGUAGCAUGCUUAAUAGUUGGCGAUUUCAGUGAAGGGAACUUUGAAUGCGAUGUUAUUGUAGAACACCAAACAAAAGGGCUUCAGAGAAUCAUAGAUUUGCAUCCAAGUUUCAUGCCUAUGACGUACCCAUUACUACACCCUUAUGGUGAAGAUGGAUAUAGACUGGGUAUACCUUUGAGAAACCCAGCGGUUGAAAGAUUGUUGUUCCAUUUACCCGGAGAACAUACAGUAAUAUUCGAAGAAAACAAGUCUGUUGAAAAUGCACUUUGCAUACAAGGAGUGGACAAAACAAAGUUCACUGAAUGGUUGGAGGCAAAUAAGAAUUAUGAGUGUGCACGGGAGCUAACUUAUAAUGAUUUCCCUACUUGUUGGGUUUGGAAUUCAAAAGACAAAACAUGGACUACGAGAAAAAAUGACAUAUCAAUUGGAAGAAUUUACUUCGCACAUCCUUCAACUGGAGAACGCUUCUAUAUGAGAAUGUUGCUUAAUUUUGUGAUAGGAAGCACUUCCUUUCAAAGUAUAAGAACGAUAAAUGGAGUAACAUAUCCUACUUUCAAAACUGCAUGCUAUGCUUUGGGAUUAUUAGACGAUGAUAAAGAGUGGAUCGAUUGCUUGACUGAAGCUGCAAUAUGGGUUUCUGAUGCAACCCAACUUUGGAAAUGUAAUUAUACUACAUUGUCUGAAGAUAUAACUACAUUGCAAAAGAAAAAAUUCAAAAACAAGGAUCUUCACUUAACGGAACAACAAGUUGAAGCAUACACAUUAUUUGAAAUUGAAAAGCUUGAUUAUGACCAUGAUCAAUUAAAGCCAUUGCAUGAUAAAUCUUUCGCUGCUCUAAAUCCUUGCCAGAAAUCAACUUAUGAAGCAAUAGUACAUUCUGUUGAGAAUGAAGAAGGCAAUUUGUUUUUUAUUAAUGGACAUGGUGGUGCUAGUAAAACAUUUUUGUGGAAUACAAUUAUUUCAAAACUAAGAUCAGAAUCCAAAAUUGUCUUGCCUGUUGCAACUUCAGGCAUGGCGGCUUUGUUAUUGCCUAAUGGGAGGACAACUCAUUCACGAUUUCAUAUUCCCUUGGAUGUUACAGCAGAGUCAACUUGUGAAAUCCGACAAGACACCCUAUUAGCUGGGCUUCUUAUGAAAACUUCUUUGAUCAUUUGGGAAGAAGCACCUAUGGCAAACAAGUUCUGCUUUGAAGCUUUGGAUAAGACAUUAAGAGAUAUUCUAAGAACAAGGUAUGAAAAAAACGUUAACAAACCUUUUGGAGGACUUACAAUAGUUUGUGGCGGGGAUUUUCGUCAAAUAUUGCCAGUUGUACCAAAGGGUAGAAGAGCUGACAUUGUUGAUGCUUCUUUGAACUCAUCCUACUUGUGGCCAUUUUUUAAAAUAUAUGAGCUCGAUCAAAAUAUGAGGCUCUAUAAUGGAAGCGUGAGUGGUGUCGAUGCUACUAAAAUAACUUCUUUUGAUAAAUGGUUGUUGCAAAUUGGAGAUGGUUCAUUCUAUGAUGAUAUUGAUGAAGAAUUAAUAAAAAUUCCUCAUGAUAUCUCAAAAUACCCAUCUGAAGACCCAAUGAAAUCUAUUGUCCAAGCUAUCUCCCCAUCACUUUUGCAUAACGAUACCCAGUUAGGGUUUCAGUAUCAGCCACCGUCUUCCUCUUCUUCUUCUAAUAACAAUGGUGAUCCCGAUCCUGAAACUUCUAAUCUCAGUCAUGGGGCGGUCGAGAAGGAGAAGGAAGAGGAGGUAAGCGGAGCUUCUAUUAAUCAGGAGCUUGCAAGGUUGGAAUUGAAGGAGAACGAGGAAAAGCCGCUUCUGAAACUGGAUUUGGAGGAGAAGAAAGAAGAAAAAGAAGAAGAGAAGGAUGAGGAAAAGGUUGUUGACAGGUAUUUGAGUGGAGAAUAA